AUAUGUUGAUGGUUUUUUAGGAUGCUGUUGAACAAAGUGUGGUUGUGUGAGUGGUGAACAUAUACUAAUGGGGCAGUUUGCAUUUGGUUGUUCGUGUUAAAGAUGAUUUUGGCUUCUGAAUACACGUGUUUUGUUGUAGAGAAUGUGAGUUGGCCAUGUGGUGAGGAGUGGCAUGAAGCAGGUGUUGACGUGUGCUGUAAUGGCAUGAAGCAGAGACACAUCUACAGAAAACGAGCACUCUGGAAACCAACACAGAGUAUGAGUUUGUUUUGGACAUGGCUAUGCAACAUCAGAUGCAUAUUCUUGAAGUUUCUAUGGACUCAAACUUAUCAUGGCAUGCUUCAAACUUAAUCUCCUACUUCUUGCAUCUCUGUUUACUUUCCUAUUCCUUUCCAAUCCAGCACACUGCAAUGACAAAGAGGACACUGUAUUGAAGGGAAUCAACAGCUUCAGGCAGACAAAGAACCUUGCACCAUUGAUCAAAAAUGACAAAGCACAUUGUUUAGCUGAUGAAGUUGCUGAAGAAAUAGAAGACACGCCAUGUGAAAAAGUGAACCAAUACUUCCCAGUUUCUGGUCCUGGUGGAAACCAAAGAAUCCUCAAUUUACAAAAACAUAUAGAUAAAUGUGAGAUUAACAUUAACACUACAACAGAUGGUGUCAUUCUACCUGUUUGUGUUUCCAAAUUAGAAGCAACUGUUGUGCUAUCUAAUUACACUCAUUCUGAUAUCUAUGCAAAGUUUCUCAACAAUUCAAAGUACACUGGUGUUGGACUUGGUUCUGAAGAUGAUUGGAUGGUUGUUGUUCUUACUACAAAUACAACUACCGGAACUUUUGCUGCAGCAACUUCUCUGCAUGUUAAUGUUGUUUUGAUGGUUUUGUUGAUGCUUAUUGUGAUCAUCAACUAUAUACAUUGAGUGCUUAAUUUCUAGGUUUGUUUUAAGGUUCAUUAUGGAUGAUGUAGUUUAAUUACUCUAUGUUUUGAUUGUGUAAAUGUAGCUUGAACUUGAUUAGGAA